CACAGUUUAAAAUAUAGUAGCUCUAGAGACUUACCUAUUAGUAUUGUUUUUUAUUUGAAAUCUGCUGACUUUACAUCUAUAUGGAUAAAUUAAAAGUGAUCAAGCUAGCCUGCUAACUAGUUAUCAAAAUAUAAGGAAUAAAUUCAAUUCAAUAAAAUGGAAACGCAAAUAUCAUAUGGAUUUAUAAUUUGUCUAUUUGUUGCUUUAACAAAAAGUGAACUGCCCAAUAACAUGAAUGCAAUUCUCAUCAAAUGCCCUAAAAACACCUUAAACAAAACAUGCGAAACACAUUUAAUUGUAAAUAUUCAUAUGAACCCCAGCUUCGAUUUGGAUAACUCGGAAAAGUUUUGGGUGGUCGAUCAAGUUUACGAUCCAUCAAAAGGAACGAUUUCCAAAAUAAUAUCCCCCUAUCUAAUAGUGCUAAGCAGAGGCGAGCCUGUUGUUAUGUAUCCUCUUCAGUUUCUAAGAUCAAUAAAUCAUGGUAAAAUUACCAAGAAGCCCUUGAAAGAAGGCAAUGAGGUUUCGGAUCUUGACGGUUCCACAUCUUGUACAAAUGAGGACCUUCUUGAAACAAAUAUAAAAGAUCAUGAGAUUGGAAAUGCAUCAAGAUUGAAAAGAAAUCAGUUUCCAGACUAUAACAAAGGAAUAUCAAUUUUAUCAAACUUGUUUGGCAAGGAAAAGCAAAAUAAGCCCCCACAAUUUUGGCAAGGCGGCAAUAAAAUGAAUAAUCAAUAUCAAAACGACAUUUCGAGUCUUGGCCUAAUUCAAGUUAUGGAUACAUCUGUUAAAAAAGAGCCCCUAGAAACUCCUACAGAAUUCUUCAACUUAAACAAAGAUGUACAAAGUAACAAUUUUGGUGGAAAUGAAAACAUGAUAAAAUCUAAUAUAAACUAUGAUAUAAAACCGAAAUUCAAUGAACGACCAAAAGUUAAUCAGAUUGAUAGAAAACCAAAAGAAAAUAUAAAGAAUACCAACACUUUAGACGAGGGAGAUAUACGAUUCUUAAAUGAGGAAUUAAAAAACCAAAACCAACAAAAUAUUGAAGGCAAACUUGACCCAAAGUAUACAAUAUUCGGAAAACCAGAGUAUGAAAAUAUGGAAGGCAAGCUUGAUAAACAAUAUAGAAAAUUGGAAAAACCCGAGUAUGAAACAGUGCCAGAUUUUCUUUUAUAUGAUCGAAUGGCACAAGAAGCAAGACGGAAGAAGAUUAAUGAACAAUUCAAAAGCGAGUAUAUACCUCCUAGAAAAAGUUCCACAGAUUUGAAGGAUUUUUCCUACAGAGAAGAUUAUAAAAAUAAUAAUUAUGAUUCACCUUCUAAUACUCCCACCGAAGUCAAUAAUUUUUCACAUGAAGAUCAUAAGAACAACUUUUCGCCCGAAAAUAAAUAUGAAAAAAAUAAUUUACAAACUUCUGUUAAAAGUCAACCAAAUCAUUUUCCUUUGGAGACUGAAAAUGAAAAAUAUUCUUUACAGUCCCCUAGCUCAGGUUUUUCCAAUGUAAAUGAUUUUUCGGAAAGCAAGAAACAGCAUUUUAAUUUAAAACCCCCUUCGGAUAGAAAGGAAUUCGCACAUGGAGGGGAAUAUAAUAAAAAGUAUUAUAAGGAUUCAGCACAGGACCUACGUAUUGACCAUGGUUCUAGACAGGAAGCAGGAAAAGAGCUCUUGAAUUUAAAGGCACCCAUUGAUAGGUUAUCCAAAAUAAAUGAAUUUACACAUGAAAACAAAAAUGAUAACAACUAUUUUAAGACACCAGAUUACAGUCUUUCCGAUAAUUAUUUAAAUUUUAAAGCAGAAAACCCAUUUAAUUACGACAAUAGUCUAUUUAGAACAAAUGAUUUUCGAAGCGACAAAGAAAUUCACAACUUUAAUGCACCUAUGAAGAGCUUGUACAGCAAUAAUGAUUUUUCUCAGGAUAAUGAAUUCAAAUAUUCAAAUUUACCCGUGAACAACAUAAAUGAUUUUUCGUGGGCACAACAAAACAUUGGAGAUGAUAGUCUGGACUUUAUUAUAAACCACCACAUGAAGCAAAAAUUACCAGAUAACUUUGAUUUCAAAAAUAAUUUUAACAGCCGAGAGGAUUUGAAUUCAGUUUAUUUUAUGCCUGAUGGUCAAACAUUUUCAGACUUUGGUUCAAAGCCCUACAAAGCGAUUAACCCAUAUUUAAAUUACCCGAAGAAAAAUGUUUACAGAUCGUUGCCCAAUUCCCGAACUAGAAAUAUUAAAAGAAAGAAACGAAGUAAUCUCCAAGCUGACGAUAUAGAAAAAACUGACGGUUCUCAAUUGGAUCAGAAAUAUGAUAACGACCCAAGAGAUCUGAACUCUUUAAAAAUAUUUGACCUGAAAAACAUCGAGGAUAAUGGCGAAAUUACCUGUGAUACUUGUGGGGGAAAAAAUAAAAAGAAGGACGAAAAGCCUCGAACGAGAUACUGCAGUGUUUCAGACGAAUCAAAGAGCGUUGAAGGAAAAAUUGAGGAUAUAGACACUAAACUUAAUGAUGCCGUGCCUUGCGAUACUUGUGGCGGUAAAAAUAAAAAGCCCGAUGGAAAACCUUUGCCAGGUGGUCUGCCACCUGAAAUCAACUCUGUAAAAGCAGAAAACGAAGAACAAAGGCUUCCGGAUUACAUGAUACCAUGUGAAAGUUGCAAGAAAGGCAAUAAAUGUACUGUUGGAAACCUGGAUUCUGCAUCCUGUGGAUGCAUAACUAAUCCAAGCGUGUGUAACUGUGAGACUUCUAAGACAUCAAGAGCGUUAAACGAAAGUGCAAGGGAGUUGAGCUAUACUGUAUUUAAUUUGAAAAAUCCAGUUCCAUUUUUAACCACUACGCUACGUGUUUUUAGGAGGCGUCACAACACUUGGUGGAGGGUGGUGCCAAUAGUUACACUCGAUAGUGUAUCAGGAAUUUUUGCCAACAAAGAUCUUUCAGCUGUAUUUAAUUCGCAUGUCGAUUUGAUAGGAUUGGAAAAAUCAAUAGGUUUCUCCAACCGUAAACUUAUUAUUCCAAAAUCAAAGGAUAAUGAGUAUUCCAAAAAAAGGCAUGCCAAUAUCUUAGAAGAAUUGCGAAGCAACAUUGGUAGUAGUGUUCUAGUUGAUAUUAAGAAUAAGGACAUAUCAUUUCGGGAAAUAAGAAACUUUAUAAAUUUAAACAUGGAAAAAGCGGCAAAAAAAGGAGGCCUGUCUACUAGAAGCAUUGAUGGAUUGGGAUACUUUCCUGUUUUUAUGAACGCCUUAGAGAACUGUCCUCAUAAAGACAAACAUCUUUGUCUUAAUAUUCGGGAAGAAAAAGUACCAGAGUUUAGCAUAAAAGUCAAGAUACCCUUUCGAGAAAACGCUCUUGUUAUGCGAAAUAAGCAUUUGGUUAAAAUAUCAAGAAUUAUUACAGACGCAACUACAAAGGAUGCGCUUCAGGUUUCCAUAGAUGUAAUCAACAAAGGAUUUGAAGCUCAGGAAUUUUCCAUAUACGUUUGCAAUUGUAAAGCAUCAAGUAGUGCCUCAAUAGCAACUAGUGCCCGGAGAUUAUUACAACCGGAUAUCGGUCAAACCGUCACCUUUUUAAUGCCCCUAAUAGUUAACUCCAGAAAAAACACUAAAUUCAGUUGUGAUGUGGUAGUUAAGGCCAUUGUUUUCAAAGAUAAUGAGGAAUCGGAUGCUGAGCUACAAAAACAAGACGACCCCAAAGUUGGAGUUGUUGCAAAGAGAUCCAUGGAUGUUAAGUGCCACGCAAGGUGCUUUUGCGUUUGGCGAUGUCGCUGCCAUUGCAUCGGAAAGUUGGAAACCUUCAUCGACUAUAAUGCCUGCGAAAGAAUGGAUCCCAAAUCGGAGAAAGAGGCUGGCCUCAUUCACAACUGUCCACCUGGUAACGAGCCAAACGAUGUGUGCAUCAAAGAUACAACGAGUGAAAGGAGUGAGGAGAUAACUUGCGAUCUUACUUGUAAAAUCAUUGCCAUUACCUUGCUUGUGUUGACAUUACUAUUUUUAUUGGGAGUUGUAAAGGCUGUUCUUGGAAUCUGUAUUAAGAGCAUUGGUCGUUGUGGAUUUGACACAGUUCAACCUGGCAGGGAUUAUAAAUGCACUUCAUCUAUAAGGAUAUUUCUAGUCAACUGCUUCUUUUUCAUAAUAUUUCCCUUUGCUUGCUGGUGUAAAUUCUUCCGACCCAAGGAUAAGGACUUAAUGGAAGCUAGUUAUGACUGGGAUUGCACUUCUCAAUCCGGAGAAAACCCAGAGUGUUCCUGUGAUAAAAAGGAGUCCAGCAGUUCCAGUUGUCGCCUCCAUGGUGGUCAAGAUAACACCCUACACAAUAAUUUAGUGCUCGCCUUUGCUCCCCUCCAUGAGAAUGGUUUAUUUAAGGAUGAGAAAUCCGAUGACGAGCAGAGUCAUUUGUUCAUUUUAGAAGUGCUAGAGGAAAGCAAGCAUUCACUCACAAAAAUGAUGAGUCAAGUUCCCGAUUCCCCCUACAAUAUUGCGCGAAGCAGAGAAAGUGAUGCCGAUGCUAUAGCAGCCGAUGAAUUGGUGGAAAGUCUUAAGAACUCACAGGUUGCCUAUAGGACCAUGAGUUCGCCAGUUGGCGGAGUCAUCGACAUCCCCGAAAACCACCAAUAUUGCAUAAAAGGCUUCUUUUUACCAAUUGCCAACUCGACCUAUGAGUUUAUGAGCUAUAUUCCAUUAACGCAGUUCGUUGGUAUAUCAGAAGAGAAUGAAGUUAGGAGACUGCCAAAACCUCAGUAUAUCCACUCGAAUGAGUUCUCGAAGAUAUAUGCUGAUAAAAUGGAGGUCUAUAGAGCAGGUGACCUCUCAGUGGUGCCUCCACUGAAUGUGCCUUGCAUUAACAUCGACCAUUGCGUCCAAUUGGAGAACUCCUUUGUGAAACUGGCAGCACAACAGGAACAAUUGAAAGCUAAUCAGUCUUGAGGAAAUACUAUUAUAAAUUAUGUUUCCAAAAAUGUUUAUAAUUUAUGUUCGCUUUAUUACAUAUUAAUAAUUUACACA